AUGAAGGUGACCUUUAAGGACCUCAAACAACAGAAGUUCGUGCUCGAUGUUGAGCCGACCGACCUUAUUUCUGCUGUCAAGCAAAGGAUUUCCGAGCAGCGGGGUUGGGACCCCAAGCUCCAGAAGCUGAUCUACAGCGGCAAAAUUCUGAAGGACGAAGACACCGUUGAAACCUACAAGAUUGAGGAAAAGGGUUUUGUGGUUUGCGUCGUGAAUAAGCCCAAGCCUGCACCAGCGCCCGAGGCCUCUUCAUCCGCAGUCCCGGCUACACCUGCCCCCGCACAAAGCUCUACUCCAGCACCCCCGGCCGCCCCUGCGCAGACUUCCGGCACAGCUGCAGCCGUUCCGGCUACCCCCACCCCGAACCGGACUGCCGCCCCCGAAGCGGCUCCCAACGAUGCCAAUGCUCUGGCUACAGGCGAGCAGCGUGCAGAGGCAAUUGCCAAUAUGGAGGCAAUGGGUUUUGAGCGGGCACAGAUCGACGCUGCUAUGCGCGCUGCGUUUUACAACCCCGACCGCGCCCUAACUAUCCAUAAGGGCAUCCCCGAACACCUGCAACAACCCGCCGCUGCAGCUCGUCAGGCUGCCCCAGCUGCCGCCUCACCUGCGCCGGCAGCCGCUGCUGGUGCGGGCGCCGAGGAUGAUGCCAACGUAAAUCUAUUCGAUCUCGCCGCUCAACAAGGUCGUGGUGGCUCUGGCACACGCGGUGGUAGUGGCGCUGGCGCAGGCGCAGGCGCUGGUGCAGGCGCUGCCGCCGCCGCUGCGGCUGCCGCGGCGGCCGGUGGCCAAGGCCUGGGUAACCUCGAGUGGCUCCGUGCUAACGCACAGUUCCAACAGCUUCGCCAGGUGGUGCAGCAACAACCCCAAAUGUUGGAGCCCAUUCUCCAGCAGCUUGGUGCCGGCAACCCCCAGCUUGCCCAGUUGAUCGCUCAGAACCCUGAUCAGUUCCUCUCCCUGCUUAGCGAGUCGGGCGGCGACGACGACGCGCCGCUCCCCCCUGGGGCCCACCAGAUCUCCGUGACGGAAGAGGAGCGCGACGCCAUCGAGAGGCUUACUCGACUUGGCUUUACGCAAGACCAGGCGAUCCAGGCCUACUUUGCUUGCGACAAGAAUGAAGAACUGGCAGCAAAUUUCCUCUUCGACCAACCCGAUGACGACGAGGACGUCAACAUGCCUUGA